AGCAACAAUAAAGUGAAAAGAACGUAGCAGAGGUUUGGUCAGAGAUUAGACUUCUCAGAAUUUAUGUUGUGAAGUUGUUUAUUCUGAGAAGGAAGAGAGAAAAGAGAAGAGAAAAGAGAAGAACUCAACUAUGGAUGAGAUAUUGAACAAGGUGGGGUCAUACUGGUUCAGCCGCAAGGCCAGCAAGGAGUUUAACUCUGUUGGAGAUGAUAUCAACUCACUGUCAACCAGUAUUGAAGGGGGAACCAAAUGGUUGGUCAACAAAUUAAAAGGAAAGAUGCAAAAGCCAUUAACGGAGUUACUAAAGGAGUAUGAUCUACCCAUUGGAAUGUUUCCUCGUGAUGCAACAAACUACGAAUUCAAUGAAGAAACUGGGAAACUUGUUGUUUACAUUCCUCAAGUGUGCGAAGUCGGCUACCGAGAUUCAUCAGUGUUGCGGUUCUCCACUAUUGUGAGUGGUUAUUUGGAGAAAGGAAAGCUAGCAGAAAUAGAGGGAAUAAAGACUAAGGUGCUGAUCUGGGUAAAAGUAACCACCAUUUCAUCUGAGGGACCAAAGCUCCACUUCAUGGCCGGCAUGAAGAAGACAAGGAAAAGGGAAGCAUAUGAGGUUACUAGAGAUGGUAUAAAUGUAGAUAAGUUCUAAUAUAUUUACAACAAGUUACUCUUGUUCAGUAGUUUUACGGUUACUAAAAUAAGUUAUCUGUUCUUGUGGAUCAUUUUAUUCUAUUAGAUAUGAAUGUAGUGAGUGAAUUGGAAUUUGGAAUUUAGUGGAACCUCUUUGUUCCUGCUGGAUGUGAA